CCUCGUGAUACUGCUCUCCAGGUAUAUUUGGCGGCGUCAUCAAUGGCCGCUUCUUCUCCUCCUCCUCCGACUCCGGCAGACACAAUCCAUGGAGGCACUGACGACAGUAGAGCCGGAUCUUCCUCUUUUUUCCGUAAAACAGUAUGCUUGUUCGAUUGGUGGUUGAUCAAAACUGAAAGCGCUUUCCAAGGGAAGAGACUGGGCAUUGCCGGCUUUACUUCUAGAGAACAAAACCGAGCGUUGAGAGCGUUUUCUUCAUCAGCCAUAACCAAAAGAUUUGAUGUCUUCACUCUGGAGACUUCUGAUGGUGUGAGUAUUGUCAUCAAAGGUUUCAUCAACAAACAGAGAACCACCGACAAUGGCUUUCCUUCGGAGGUGUUCAAUGAUUUUAUUUUCGGAUUUCCUCCAAACUGGCAAAAAUAUGCCAUUCACGAAGAUAGCAAUAAGUUGAAUCCUGGACGUGUCUUAGGUGGAACUAUUCAGUCUGGGAGGAAACUGGACGUGUCUGAGAAAUCUCCCAUUCACUUGUUGGCUAAAAUUAGAAGCCAAACGAAGGAUAGGCCAACCGUAGUUUUGGGUUUGGCUUCUAGAUACAAUACGUUGAAUCCUCUUCCAGUAGUUUCUUAUCCUAAGAACAAUCUUGUUCAAAAUGAAGUAGGAGGUGGAAGCAUACUCAUUGCAUCUGGAAAUGAACUUCAAGAGCCAAUGGAUGCAAAUGUGGCUCAAAAACUAGGUGAUGGAUCUGUAAAAGAUGGUCCACAUCAGACUUCCAAAUCUAAACAGGGAAGAAAACCCAAAAAUGUGAAUAGUAAAGCUGCAAAAGAAACUGACACUGAGGAAGAAACUAACACUGAGGAAGAAACUUACACUGAGGAAGAAUUUGACACUAAGGAAGAAAGCACACCACUUAAGAAAACAAAGAGGAAAAUUAUGUUUGAGAAACAAGUACCUCCACAUUCUCCGGAAGAAAAAGCAAUAACGUCUAUAUUUUCUCCAGAAUGUUCGACUGUUAGACAAUCCAGAUCUGGGAGGUUACUGCUACCAACCAUGGAAUUCUGGCGGAACCAAAUGCCAGUUUAUGAUUCGGAACGUAACCUUACUGGAAUUCUAGGAGACCUGCCUGAUUGUAUUGCCAAGAGGAAGGAGAUCCGGAAAAAGCAAAAAAAGGUAAAGGAAUACAAGAAAUACUCACGAUCCAAUUCAAUUUCCAGUUGGUCCGGUGACGAGGACUCGAGUUAAAAGAUUCAAAGAAGAGUUGAAUAACUAAGUCCGAAGAGUUCUACAACAAGAAGAGAGUGUUCAGUACUGAGGGUGAACAAAUGCUGGUUUUACUCAUCAAAGUUGAUCCCGAAGAGAGCCAAUCAGUCAUACACGUCUAUUGAGCUACUGUAUGGCCAACUUGCAUGUUCAUUCCGGGAAGUCCAUUGCAUAUUACGGACUAGCGCCUGGGUAAGUAAAAUAGAGAGACAGGAGCAAACAACAGGUCUAUUUGCUUUGCUUUAGGCCCUGUUCUUUAACUUCCUUUUGCGGGCUUGAGUUGGAGACGAGUAAAAUGUGAAUUUAUGUAAAAAAAAAAUAUAAGUUGAAUUUAAAUUUUUUUUUGAGAUAACUGUGAUUCAAGUGAUGAAAAGAACGGACCUGGAGCUGAAGCAAGCACUUGAACAGCGGAAACCCUUGAUUGAAGCGGAAUUUUCUUUCCUGGAUUGCUGGGCCUAUAUUUUGUCCUCUUUAUUUAAGAACUGUAAUCUAUUAUCUAUUUUUUAUGGUAUAGAUGUAAUCUAUUUUGCAGUAUGGCAAUUCUUCUAAAGUAUAUUGCUCAAAAAAAAAAAAAAAUCUUCUAAAGUAUAGUGUCUGUCUCUAAUGUAUCCAACGUAUGUAACUUCCCAAAAUUAUUAUGUAUUAAGAACAAGAAACAAACUUUUACAAUAA